GAAUUGCUUGAUGCUUGCGCCCGUGCAGCUGCCCGGUCUGUAGUUGCCUUUCAUUGCUAAAGUGAAACAGUGGACAACAGUGGGACCAAAUUUUCAGUGGAAUUGAAGAUAUAAAGGACUGGAAUAAUAAAUAAAAGCAUCUAGUAAAACAGUAGUGAGCCUGUUUUGGUUGUGAUUGACAUUUCUGAAAGAAAUAAGUACAGGAUGGGACAAAGGGGUAGUAAACAAAAGGCAGACAUCACUAGUCCACCAAAGCCAGAAAAAGACAAGAAAGUUAAGCGUAGGAAAAGCAAGAAAGAUGCAGCUGCAAGCAAUGGAGCAGUUGGAUCUGAAGAAACACAGAAUAAGAUUGAAGAAUGUGCCAAAGUGGAAGAAGAGAAACCAAGUGAAGUUGCUGAAACUGAGAAGCUUGCAACAGAUUCAAAGGGAGAUCAAGAAAACAAAGAAUCUGAUGGUGAUAAAAAGGAUGUUGAAACCCCAAAGAACUUGACAGAACAGUUUUCUGUUCCUAUCCCUGAAGAAAGCAAGACACAACCAAAUACAGAAGAUCAAGAUACUCAUCCAAAACCAAAUGAACCUAAAGCAACAGAGCCAUCAUCUGUUGAUGAAGUUCCAGAAAAAGUGGGACCAACUUCAGAACUUCCUUCACAAACAGAGAAUAAAGAACCUGAAAAACUAGUUGUCGAGAUUAAAGCUCAAUCACCUGCACCUACAGAAACUAAGAAAGAUGUUACUACUGAAGAAAAUGCCAUUGCCACUGAAGUGCCUUUAGUCACACUUGAUGUUUCUACUGCUCAAGAACCAUCCCAACAAGACAAGGCACCUGCAGAAGGAGAAAAACAUGAUCAGACACUUGAAGACAGCCCUAGUAUUCAAGAAGAAUGUGAAGUCAUGGAAAAACCCACAGAAGUUUCUAUUUCUCAAGAGAAUUCUAAAGAACAGCAGCAAACAAACAGUCUAGAAAAAAUUGAAAUUACAGAAGAACAUAAAGAUGAUAGAGUUGAGGAGAAACCUACUGUAGAACCUACAGAAGAAAGUGUUAUCACAGAAGUUAAAGAGAAGCCUACUGAGGAAAGUAGCAUUACAGAAAAACUUGAAGAGAAACCUAACGUAGAACCUACAGAGGUUGAAGAAAAACCUACUGCAGAACUUACAGAAGAAAGUAAUAUUGUACAAGAACUUGAAGAGAAACCCACUGAAGAAAUUAAAGAAACUGUCAGUACAGAAGAACUUGAAGAAAAACCCACUGUAGAAAUUAAAGAAAUUAUCAGUACAGAAGAACUUGAAGAGAAAUCCACUGCAGAACAUACAGAAGAAAGUAAUGUUACAGAAGUUGUAGUGAAACCCACUGUAGAACUUACAGAUGAAUGUAGCAGUAUAGAAGUGGAAGAGAAAUCCUAUGAAGACCCUACAGUAGAAGUUGAUGGAAAACCUACAGAAAAAGGUAUCAUUACAGAUGAAGUUCAUGAAGAACAAGUUGAAGAAAAACUGGCUGAAGAACCUAAAGAAGAGCUAAAGGAAGAACAACCAGCAGAUACUUACAACAGUGAAGAAAAAUAUGAAAUAAAAGAACAGAUAAAGGAAUGUAAGAGUCAAGAUAUUGAAGAAGAAAAACAGAAGGAAGAGGAAAUUGUUACUCAGACAAAUGGAGAAACAUAUGAAGAAAAGACAAAUGAGAGUGAUAACACUGUAAGUAAGAAGCCUUUGUCAGAAAGUAAUGUUGAGGAAAUUCAGCAAGAACAGGUUACAAGUGAAAAUGGUGUACAAAAUGGAACUGAUAUCCAGAUCAUUGGUGAGCCUGCAUGUGACAUAAGUGAAACAAGAAGCAAGGCAACUUUCCCUGCCACAUUUGUUUGGGAACAAGAAGGAAAAGAGGUUGGAGUCUCGGGUACAUUCAACAAUUGGAAUGACCCAUGGAAACUUUCUGAAAACGAAGGGAAGUUUUCCUUAACUAAAGAUCUGUUGGAGGGAGAGUAUCUUUACAAAUUUAUUGUGGAUGAUAACUGGACUGUAGAUGCUAGCCAGCCUGUAGCUCAGACAGAAGAACAUGGACAAGUUAAUGUGAUGAAAAUUCAACCUCCUGUUUCUCAGGAGUGAGGUUAGAAUGGUUACAAAAGUUGAUUUAGUUGAACUGGUACUGCUUUAUAGGGAAUACACUGUUUUGUACAGACUUUGAAAUUGUAAACUAAUACUUUCUGAAUUACUUGCAUUCUUCUCCAGUGUUCUUUCCCCCCUUUAUAUGUAGUUCAGAUGUAAGAAUAAGUUACUAGCCAGCUGUAGAGCUUGGCAUUCAGUUUGAAGCAAGUCUGCAUGUCCAUAAAUGGUAUAUUGUUUAUUGUAAUCAUUGUAGUUUCAUAUCUAAAAAGCUGUUGAAAUAUUUAAAGUGGAUAAGAUGUUUGGGAGUUUUCAGUGUCUCCGUGCAAAUUUAAAUCCUAGUAUUUUUAUCUAUUCUAUGACUAUUGCGUGAAGAGUAGAAAAAAUUACCAUUACAAAAUUCCAGUGGGUAUAAAGAUAAGGCGUGUAAAAUUACUUUUUUAGUGGAAAUAUUUUUAACCAUUUAAUAUGUCAGUAUUGUACUGAUAUCUUUGAUUAAUUUCAUGUAGUGAUUUAGAUAAAAACCAUCAUCAUACAAAGCAAGUCUUGGACUUCUCAGAGUUUGCCAAAGUUUUUCAAAGUGAAGAAAUGAGGCUCAAAUUCUUGUGUUUGAUCUUCCAUGGCAACUGUAUUUCUUGCUGUUUUCUUAAUAGCAAGAGUUAUUUUUUAGAGUUUUCUUAUUUCACUUUACUAAUUCUUAUAAAAUUAUACAUUAAAUAAAAAAAAUAUGUUGUGUGUUUGUAUGACUUUUGUGAAAAAUGUCAUGUAAUUGUGCUUUAUUUGAACCAAUAUGGAUUAUAUGUGACAAAAGUAGUUUAAAAUUUAAUCUUUCUAUUUUAUUGACCUAAAAAACAUACAUUAACAGCUUCUUACUAACAUUUUUUACCAAAUUACAUUGUUUUUGUAAUUCAACCCAAAAAAGAUAGUGAAAUUUUUUUUGUUUGGUUUACAUUCAUCAAUUUUUGAUAACAUACUUGAAGAUCAAAUUACAGUGAUCUCUAAUGCAGAAGUUAUAUUAAUUUUUUCUAAAACAAUUUUCAACUUUUUAUUGACAUUCUAACAUUUUAGUUGUUGAACUUUGAGAUUUGCUGUGUUGAUGUUUUUUAGUUCUUUUAGAAACAUUUUAAUGAAAUUACUAGUUUUUUAGAAUUGUAAAUAAUUUCAAAGUAACAGUUUUGAAAUAAAGUAAGAAAUAUUCAAUGUUUUUCACAAGUGAGCUAUACCUCAAAGUAUUUCAUAUUAUUUUCAAAGAAAACUAAAAAUUAGAAGAAACUAUAGUUGUGUUGCUGACUUGUGUUACUUGCCAUUAUUAUUUUCUUGAUAAUUCUGUUUAAAAAUAAUAACCAGUGAAGGAAACAAAUUAACUUGUUUCAAUAUUAAAAGAAAAUUUAAUUCAAGUUUGCAAUUUGAAUGAAUUUUGUUGGUGUUACCAGGUUCCUGAAUUGAUUAAUAUUUAAAACACACAUCUACAUUAUAUAUUACUAGCUUGUGAAAAACUUUAUUAGUUUCAUAGCAGGUGUUGACCAAAAAAUGUUACUUAAUUUUAGUUGAGUCACAUUUUCAAAUAUUAAAAACUGCCAAAACUUCUCAGUUAAAUUUUUUUAGGAGAUAUAUGAUCAUUGCUCAGUAAUUUUCCAUACAAAUGUCAUGCAUUUAAAAUUAUCGAGGUCCAGGAAAAAUGUUUUACUUCCUGUUAGCUUGUUAUUCAUUCUCUUAUUUUCAAUAAGGUUCAUCUCCCUCUUUCAGAGAAAUCUUAAAUUCAUGACCAUGUUUAUAAGUUCAACAGACAAUUUAUCUUGUGUUCAUUUAAAAAAAAAAUCAUCACACUGUGUAGCAAUAAAUAGACCUUGGGACCAUCUUAUAUUUAACCCAUUCCAUCUAAUUAACAGAUAUUAGCAUGUGCUGAGCUUGCUAGGCAAGUGAUUUAAUACUAAGUAAAACAAAAAAUUGGUGAGUUUUUGUCUUUUGUGUAUGUGUGUCUAGUAAAGAUCUUUGGUUUAAGUAAGGUGGCAUUGUUUUAUAAAUUUUAUUUUACUACUUUUUUGUGUUUUUUUUAUACUUAAUAAUUUCUGGCAAGUUAUAUUCUGGCUACUUUUUAAAAACAAAACUAAAUAUAGUCAAACAUUUGUGUGUCAAAGUGCCAGGGACUUAGGAAAUUUAUACAAGAUAAACUCUAUCAACUUGACCUUAGUUUUGAUUCACAAAAUAUGUUGAGUAUUUGAUAUAGUAAAUAUUAAAGGAAACAAAUGCAGCUGAAUUCCAAUAUUUGAAUGUAUUUUGAAGUAAGCUGUGUCUGUUGAGUUUGUAAUGAUCUACGUUAUAAGUUGCUUGUUAAAAAAGCAAAUUAUAAUGUAAGUUCUGUAAAUCAAAAAAAGAUCAAAAUUUAAUCAUUUGCAUUUGAUGUGAAGUCACUGGAGUUAAUUUUCUGUUAUACAGCAAAACAAAUAUUUUGUAUGUUUUUCUGAAGUGAUAUGUUGUCAGUAAUCUGAUCUUGCUAAAACUACAUGUAACUCUGUCCUCAUUUGUUAAAUAUUUCUCAUUUACCAUAUUGCAUUGAUUUAGAAUACAUUUACUAAUGAUAGUUUUAUACAAGUUACUUGAAUAUACAUGACAUUUUUUAAGUUUGUACUGAACAUAAACAGGAAUUGAUACAUGUGUAAGAACUUGAUGAAACCCCUUUGUUGCCAAGUAGAAAAGGGAAUCGGAGAAAGCGUCCCUACUAUAUAUGUGGGACUGCAGAAUUUUUAAUACCCUUGUACACUUAUAAACAAUAAAAACUUGUAGUAACUGUC